CGUGACGUGUUCCUCCGGUUGUUGACAUGUCUGUUGAUAUGAGCUGAAAAUGAGCUGUAAACUGUAGGAGAUGGCCACAUUGUUCCUGGUGACUCUCUAUGAAUACUCCCCGCUGUUUUCCAUCGCGGUCGUCUCUCUCUGCUUCCUUAUAACCGCCGCCAUCUUGCUCGGAUGGUUUGGUUUUGACGUCCCAGUGAUCCUUCACAGUUCUGAUGAGCCUGGCUCUGUCUCACCGACCCCUGAGAAACACAUGGUUCAGGUCACCAACCCGUUUGCUCUGGACCUCGGAUCUGGACCUGCUAGUGUCACCGACGGAGUGUCCCUGAAGGCCUGCUGCCUGGAGCCGUGCGUCCUCAGCUGCUUUUGGGGCUGUGAGAUUCUCGCCCUGCAGGGGGCGCUGCAGAACAGACAGAACCAGCAGAACCUGCAGCUCAGCAGCCUUCAGCACUUCCUGCAGGCCCUGCAGCUCCGCUACCAUUACUGUGAGACCUUCCAUAUCUGUAAAGAGGACAGAGAGGGCGUCCUAACGCAUAUCCCUGCUGAACACCAGAUCACAGAUUUUGGACAUUUACCAAGGGAUCGUUACCCUCUCGUGGCUGUGCUGACUCUAGCAACAGAAGAAACCAGAAACCUUUACAACAUUGUGGCAAAUGUGACAGUUUUUCAUGUUCCUGAUGAAAAAUACAACCUUUCUGCACGGAUUCUCUUUCAGUACCUUCUCACCUCACAAAGAAACAUGUUUGAAUUAAAGCCUCUCUUCAUGUCAGCUGGUGGUGAGGACACAUGUCAGCCUCCAGACUCAGAGCAGACGAACCGGCCCUGCAGCCUGGAGGGCAGUCCAGAGGUGGGGGACGUUGAUGGGUCCGACAGGGCGGGCAGAGACUGUGUGGUCUGUCAGAAUGCAGCAGUAAACCGGGUCCUGCUGCCCUGCAGACACGCGUGUGUUUGUGAUCAUUGUGUGACACACUUCCAGCACUGUCCUAUCUGCAGGGCCUUCGUCCUGGAGUCCUUCGUGCUCGAGCUGGACUCUGGACUCGGUCUCCUGUAGGAGCUCAGCUUGUCCAUGGCACCAAGAGUUCACCUACAUCCCACUGUUUAUUUUGUUUGAAAAUGAUGUUUAAAACAACAACAGUGAGCUCAUUAACAAGCCAGUUUUUAUUUAUUUGUAUAAAAGGAAUGAUGUCACAUGAAUAUGAAGAUAAAUUAGUCUCGUAGUCACACAAGCUUACCACAAGUUUUACAGGUGCAUAAAGUUUCUCAAAUGUACACAUUUCAAAAUACACAAGUUGUAAAAUACUCGUGCACACACC